CGAUGAACGAUAUGCAUUGCAUUUUGCUUGUUAGAGUUCGUUGAUUAUUUAUUGUUGUUAUUUUACAAUAGUUUUCUUUUUAGAGAAAAUAAUUAAUCCAUUUAACUAUGGCGGGUCAAGGGCAUCAGUUCCCUAGUAAUUUCCAAGCUAAUGCUGCUGGAAUGCGUUCUGGAUUCGGUGCAGGACCAAUGAGCGGACAAAUGCAGGCUAUGCCGAAUCAGUUAGCAGGGGUAAUGGGAGGGCCUAUGGCUAACUCUGGUGGUAUGGUGGGCAUGGGGAAUCAAAUGGUGCCUUCUUAUGGAGCUACAAUGCAGAACCAAAUGGGGAACAUGGGGAUGGGACCACAGGGUAUGGGAGUAGGAGUCAACACAGGGCCUGGUACCGGUAUGGUUCCUCAACAAGUUCAACAAUCAGGCAUGCAGACAGGUGGCCCAGUGUCAAACAAUACAGCACCUCCACCAGCACAGCCACCAGCUGCACAACCGCCACAGAACAAGGAGUUUAACACCGCAUCAUUGUGCAAAUUUGGACAGGAGACGGUACAAGACAUUGUGAGCAGAACACAGGAUGUUUUCCAGACUUUAAAAGCAAUUCAGCCACCAAAUGGUACACACAGCGGUGAGAAUACAAGUAAUGAAAAGAAAGCAAAAAUGCAGGAACAACUGCGCACGAUUCGGCUCUUGUUCAAGAGGCUGCGGCUUAUAUACGAGAAAUGUAAUGAGACAUGCCAGGGAAUGGAGUACACUCACAUGGAAAGUCUUAUACCACUAAAGGACGAAGCGGAGAAUAAAGCAUUAGAUGAAAGACGGAACACUGAAUCAUACAGACUAGCACUUGAAGAGAACAGGGAGCUCACAGAACAGGUGGUGUUAAAAAAUAAACAAUUGAAAGAAGUGAUAACAAACUUAAGGACUAUUAUAUGGGAGAUCAAUGUGAUGUUAACAAUGCGGCGGUCAUAACUUAGUGUUAAGAAUAAAUAAAAUAGGUUAAUCAAU